AUGACGUCUACGUUGGAUUCGUCAGAACAUUCGAAUCAUAUUGAUGACAAUGAUCAAAAUGUCGUCUCGUCAUCAAUGGUACCGUCGGAUGUUGCUAAUUCGGACGAAAAAAUUGAAGAACCACUAAUAGUUUCCGAAUCCGAGCAAACUGAUAUUGCAACUGAAAAUACAAUCGAUGAAUUAUCAGAAACAAAUCAAAUGCAAACAUCUAAUAUGAUCACUGCCGAAGCUUCGUUUUCCGAAGCAACAUCAGCCGAUUUACCACUAGGAACACAACGUUCUUCUAUUGCGAGAAUUCUCGUUAAACCUGGACAAAUAUUUCGUGUUCAAGUUGAUAAUGAAGUCAAAGAAGUACAUGGUAAGUGA